AGAUGACCGAGUGACUGGGGAGUGCCGUGGUGCUGCAUUGGGGCUUCGCGGCUGUACAGUAUGACCAUGUCACAGACAGCAGGCAGCAGCUUUGCUCCAGGGACUACGGGCUUUGGAAGCAUUGCAUCUGCUGGCACCACCGGGAUGCCGAAACGUAAGCAAGCGAGCGUGGUGGAGAUGCUAGAGUACGUCAAAAGCUUGAACAUCGACCCGAUCAGAGAAGCGGACAUGCUGUGGAUUGCAGAAGAAGCUUUCAAUGCACCCUUGCCGCCCGGGUGGACGGAGCACCAGGAUGAGCAGUGUCGAGUCUACUUCCACAACAGCUCAACGGGUGAGUCCACCUGGAAGCAUCCCAUGGACGAUUUGUUCCGGGAAAUCGUAGACUACCAACGACGAGUUGUCGAAGUUGGAGGCUUUUGGCAGAUCGAAGAUGAGAUCGCCGAACAGGAGGAGAACAUCCGAAAAGAUCUGGCAGAUUGGAUGGAACUCUUUUCCGAGGACGGCGAGAAGUUCUUCUACAACAAGCACACCGAAGAAAGCAGGUUUGACGAUCCCCGCAUGGCUGUCUACCACGUACUCUAUGCAAGGAUCAAGAUGGUGGCGCGAAUGAAGGAGCGCUUUCCCAUCUUAGCCAGGCAACCUCGACCUGAGGAGCCUACAGAGGCUGAGAAGGAACUCAGAAGGAGGAGAGAAGAAGACAGAGAGCACUAUAUGUCUUCCCUCCUGAAGAUUCACACCUGGGGGCGAGUCCUUCUGGCGAAGAAGAAGCUCCAGAGAGCUCGUGAGAAGGCGAUAGUUCAAAAGGGGCCACAGCCUCUCAGAGGAAUGCUCAGGUUACGGCUGGAGCGGGUGGGCACCACUGGCGCCCGACAGCUCGUGCUGUCCCAGACGACGCCUGCCAAACGGCAUCGGGCGGCUGUAAAGAUACAGAAGCGGAUGCGUGGCAUCCUGACGCGGAAGAGGUUUCAGCCUUUAGUGCGGCAUCGCUGCUUCCUGAGCAAGGAGAUGACCAAAAUCCAAUCGAUGGCCCGAGUAUGGCUAGCAAGGCGCAAAGUAGCUCGGAAGAAGCAGCAGAAGCUGCACGUAGCAGCGACAAAAGUCCAGAGGACUUGGCGUGGCUACAAGGAUCGGCAGUACGUCACGGCGCUGCGGAUUGACAAGGCUCGCUACGAUCGAUUGAUGCGCAGCGCCAUCGUCAUCCAGAGCGGAGUCCGAAUGGCCUUGGCCCGGCGGGAGCACGACCGGCGGAAGCUGAUUCGCUGGGCCGGUGGGGCGUCCACCAUCCAGCGGCAGGUUCGUAUCUUCCUGCAGCGCAAAGAGCUACAUGAGCUCGCGCUGAAGGAUCAGCCAGUGCAGGCCAUGUUCACCUUGAACACCAACGGCAUGCACCGCACUGUGAUGCCAUGGACCUGGCGAGUCUUUGUGGCACCCUGGGCAGGCGAAGAGGCUCCAGGUGAAGAGACCGGCUUUGUGGACAUCUUCAACAAGGUGGGUGUCAACAACUGGCAGACCAUUGCGGUGGUGAACUGCCAAAAGAUGGUCAGAGGUUUUCUGUCGCGCAUCCGAACUCAGAGAUUGAAGACGAUCGCCCUGUGUUCGGUUCGCAGCAUGGUGGACGGCUGCUUGGAGGAAGUCACUCGAAGAAAGGCAGCUGCCAUCAAAAUCCAGAGCAUUGCGCGUGGCUUCUUGGUGCGGCGCAAAAACCUCAUCUAUGAGAAGAGGAAUGCCGCCUGGGAGGCCAACGUGGAUAACAUCGUAGCCGUGCAGGCUUUUUUCAGGCGGUACUUGGCGCAGGAAGUGGUGGUCACCGGUGUCUUGAACAACACCGCCUAUUUUGCGGCCACCAUGAUCCAGACCACCUGGCGCGGUUGGCUGGCCCGACGCCAUGUGGAACGCCUACGAGAGGAGGCCCUGUGGCCACUGAAGGGCUGGUUCGAAUUCACCGCCACUGGCCGCGAUGCGGUCCAAGUGGAGGUGUGUUUCCUGGCGAAUCCCAGCUUCAACGACUACAAGUACUUCUUGGAGUAUGGCAGCACCUCCACGCUGCAGCUCACCCUGAAGGAACUUGAAAAGGACCUAGCCUCGGCGAUCACGGCAGUGCAAGGUAACCAGUUCCUGAAGGACGACAUGUCAAGGCGGCCUUCAGCAUCCAAGGACCGCAGCAGCAAGGCCCGACCCAAGCCGAAGAGCGAGUCAAGGAAAGAAGACGGCAAGCAGGAGCAGAGGUCAGAGGAGGCUGCACAGGAGGGCGACCCCAAGGUCGAUAAGAAGGAAGCAAAGAGCAAGGGAAAGGCCACGAGGGAAGCUCCGACAGCGAAGGAACCAGGGAAAGGUGCUGGUGAAACAGCGGAUCCGGCCAGUCCAGGCGCGCAGAGCGAGAGUGGGAAGAAAGCCUCCAAGCCGCCCAAAGACUCCGAGGCGGCUCAGCCGGAGGGUGAGGCCAAGCCCAAGGCAGCUGCCAAGGGAUCUGCAAAGGCAGAAACCAGGAAGGCAGAAGCUGGCAAGAAGGAAACGUCGAGCGGAGAAGCGCAGCCGCCCAAGCCGGAGUCUGCGCAGCCGAAGCCACCCACCCUGGGUGCAGAUGCUUCAGUGAGGGAGAUGAGCCAGAGCACGCAGGCCAAUGAGUUGCGCAAAGCUGCCUCUGGCACUGCCGCUGCUCCUGCUGCAGAACAGGGUGUUGCCGCGGCAGCCGGAGUCGAGUCGGUCGAUUUAGGCAGUGUCAAACCCAAGCCGGCAGAGAAGCCGCCGAAUCCCAACCAAGGCAAAAACUAUGCUGGUUCAAUCAAGAAUGGCAAGUUUGAAAAGAAGAAGGUCGACAGUAUAGAGGAACUCAGCAAGGAUGAGAGGGCAGCGAUCAUGGCGGAUAUCGAAGAAGAAAAGCAGAAGAAGCUGCAGGCCUUGCAGGAAAAACAGAAGCAGCAGCAGAAAAAGAAGAAGCAGCAAGAGGCUAAGGUGCACGAAGCACAAAGGUCCCAAAUGGAGCAAGCCGAAGCCCAAGAGGAGGAGAGACGAAAGCAGAAGGUGCAAGAACUCAAGAAGUGGCUGAAACAGAAGGAAGACCAGGACCGCGCCAAGAAGGAAAGGGAUGCCGUGCUCUUGCAGGAGUUGCAAGAGAAGGAGGUUCUAAAGCAGGAACAGCAGAAGGUGCUGGAACAAGCGAGGCAGGAGCAGCGAGACAAGCGCCUGCAAGCCGUGGCAAAGCAGAAGGCGAAGUUGGAAGCGCAGUUGUUGGCCUCCCGAGAGGCGGCCAUUCAGGAGAAAAUCAAUGCUUCCCAAAGGAGUGAGACUAAGCCUUCAGGCGAUGCCGAAGUGUCACAGGAAUCCAUGGAGGGCCAGCCUGAAGAAACGGAUCCGAGGAUGCGAAAGCAGCAGUUGCUGAUCCAGCAGCAGCUGGGGAACGAGCGCAUGGGCUAUGGUCCUGGGAUGCCUGGAAUGCCUGGAAUGCCUGGAAUGCCUGGAAUGCCACAGCGCGUCGUGCACCGGCACAUCCACCACCACGUGCACUACCACGAGGGUGAUGGAGAGGAGCCGGCACUGCCGUCCAUGGAGGAGCGACGGCGCAUUGAGCAAGCCUCAGAGGAUCGAGUGAAACAAAAACUGGCGGAGCAGGGCAUGGGCGAAAUGGACCAGGGCUUCGGGCCCGGCGGGCCCCAUGGAGUGGAUCCCAUUGCUGAGACGCCGACGAUGCAGCAAUCGCGCUCCCUGCCGGCCCUCCACUCGAGAUCUGUUCAAAGGACCCAGGAGGGCCCCUUCAGACUGCUGCCGGACAUCAAUGCGCGGGAAAUUGGCGCCAAACACGGUGUGCCCAACUUUGGUCAGAGCGUUGACCGGGCCAUUCAGUCGUAUGCGAACUCUGGCCGGCCACGAUUCGUGAAGUCUGGAAUGGCACCGCCUCCCAGAUAGAUGAGAGAAUCCUUGGUUCUGUCUAUGUCAUUCCGUCAUUCCUGUUGCG